UUUUUGUUCAGUUCCCGAAACAUUUUCUCAGUCUCAUAUCAACUUCUCACGCUCUGUUUUGACCCCACCAAACCGCGAAGAGCAGGCGGACGGCGGACGGCGGACGGCGGACGGCGAACGGGAAUCCCUCGUAAGUGUCUUACUCCACGCCAUGGACCAUCCGCCACAAUCAUCCUCAUCUACUUCCACCGGUGAUGGAACCCUAACCCUAACUCUCAUUCCCGGCCUCCCCGACGACAUCGCAGCUCUAAUUCUGAUCUCCCUCCCCUACUCCCACCGCUCCCGCCUACGCCUUACCACCCGCGCUUGGUACGUCUUUCUCUCCUACGCCUCCGUAGCCCCUCUACGCCGCCUUCUCCGCCUCCCCCCUCGCCACAUCCUCUGUCUAUUCCCCUCCGACCCGUCUGUCGUCCGCCCCUUCCUCUUCGACCCCGCCGCCGCCGCCUGGGCGCCGCUUCCCCCUCUACCCUGCAACCCUUACCUUUAUGGCCUCUCCAAUUUCGCCACCAUCGCUAUAGGCCAUCACCUUUAUGUUCUUGGCGGCUCCCACUUUGACGCCCGUUCCUACCCCCUCGGGCUACCCCUGCCCUCCGCCGCUGUCCACCGCCUGGAUCUCUCUGCUUCCUCGGCCCCAUGGAUUCGCCUUCCUGACAUGCUUUCUCCACGCGGAAGCUUCGCCUGCGCCCCGAUCGCCAGUGCCAACGCCAUUAUCGUCGCUGGUGGUGGCUCACGUCAUGCCAUGUUCCCCUCCAGCGGCACCCGCAUGAGCUCCGUUGAGAUCUUUGAUGUUGAUUCGGGGGAGUGGGCACCUUCCAAUGGGCUGCCGAGGUAUCGAUCUGGAUGCGUUGGGUUCUUUCGGGGGCUGCGACGGAGGCACUUGAUCAAAGGGUGUGGUGCUGAGGAGGGUGAGGAGGAGUUCUGGGUAAUGGGAGGUUAUGGUGAUUACCGGCCGGUGGCUGGCGUGGUGCCGGCUAAUGUAUAUUAUAAGGAUGUAUUGGUGCUUGGGCUGAGGAGUGGCAAGUGGAGGGAAGCUGGGGAUAUGUGGGAGGAUGGGGAGAGGCAGAAGCUUGGCCUUGUGGUGGUCAUGGAUGGUGUGGAUGGAGAGCAGAUGGAGGUUUUCAUGUUGGAUCGUAACGCCAUAUUCAGAUAUAAUUUUGCAUUGAAUCGUUGGCUUAAAGAGUCAAGCUUAAGGCGAAAACUGCCAUCAGAAGAUUCUUGCGGCUUCGUUGCCAUGAAUGGAGAGCUGUGUGUGCUAACCAAAGCAAUACCAUUAAUUGACCCUUCAGAGCCCGGUAAAGUUUUCAGGAAGAGGAUAACCCUAGAGAUCCAAGCUUAUGAUCCACAGAGAAAGAAGUGGAGGUUCUUCACAACAAAUCCUCCUUUUCAUCACCCAAUAGACUUCAAAACGGCUGUUUCCUGCUCCAUUCAAUUGUGAAUUCAUUCCCAGUUUCUUAUUCCUAGGCUUCGUUUGGGACGGCUUUCUUACUAUUUCUUAAAACAAAUUUUUAGUAAAAAAUUAAUUUUUUAAACUAGAAAGCUGCUUUAAGAAGCAGUAAGAAGGCCGUCCCAAACGAAGCCUUAGUUACAUAUCCUGGUAUUGCGUAGAUUUAUGUAAAGCCUUCUAUUGUUGAUAUAAACAUUGAUUAGUGUAUAUCCUUUUAUGCUGAAGAAUUUUUUACAUAGAAUUCUGUAUAGAUGAAAUCUUUGGAUAAUAUAUGGGCAUUAGAUGUGUGCCAAAAUAUAUGAUUUACUAUGUACAUAUCAGAGCUUGAUCAAUAAAUUGAAAUUAUAGUAU